AUGAAUGUGGAAUAUAAAUCAGGCAAUUUAGACAAAGCGUUGAAAAUAGCCGAUGAAAUGUUACAAUUCAACCCGAAGCAAAAAAGUGUUAUAAAAGCUAUAAAAUUAAUUAAUGACGAUAUGGAAAAGACGAAAAAAUAUUUAAAUGGAAAACAAAAUGAAAAAGCAGAGAAAAAGAUUCAAAUCAAGAAAACUGACGAAGAAUUGAUGAUUGAGGAAAUUUGCCGGGAGGCAACCAAUAGCCAACAACAGCAGCAACAAAUCCAUACCGCCCAACUGGAAACAUCAACUGACAACAACAUCGACAACUACAACAAAAUUCCUCAAUCUGUGAAUGACAAACAAUUGAAUGAAUUGAAGGAGUUUUUGGUUGAAAAACAGGAGGAGGACAAUUCCAUUGGUGGUGAUGAUGACGACGACAAUGGCAUGUUACAGUUGACAAAUAUUGGUCUGAAAAAAAUGCACCGACUCAAUGAAAAAUUGCAUUCAGUCAUUGGUCAUGAACGUGCUGCGUUGAAUGCCAAAAAUUGGCGUUUCGAUUUUUACAAUUUCGAAAAUAUUAUGGAAAUGGAGAAGACAGCAACGACGACGAAGCCAAAGUCAGUUACCACAAGACAAGCUGGUGUAAUGUUUAAUUUGCAACAACCAAAAAUGGGUGGCUCGGUGAUAUUCCCUCAACUCCAAUUCAGUGUUAGUUUACCCAAAGGGGCCUUACUUUAUUGGACAACAUUAAACGAAUUUGGCUCAGAGGAUUAUCGUUCGAAAUAUUACGUCUGUCCUGUUAUUGGAGGCUCACAAAUAAAGAAACAAAAAAAUCGCCACAAAGUGAAAAUUGUGAUGCUAGGAAAUUUAAAUAAAUUAUUUAUUCCAUUUUUAAUUAGUGCCACACUGCUGUGGCAUUAUGGCCACGCGAAAGACUAUUAUACCUCCAUCGCGGGGAUGGAGGAUUUAUUCAAAACGGAACUACAACUUACAGCGGAAAUGCAAAAUUACAUUGAUGCGCUAAGCCUACACAUUGAAAUGCUGCAAAGUGAAAUGGACAUCAUACGUCAUGAACAAAAUAUGGCUACCAAAGAUCUUGAGGGUUACCUCAGCAAUCCAAUAAAUGCAUAUCGUCUGAUAAAACGUCUCUUUACCGAUUGGCCAACAUUUGAGGAGACAAUUGCAAUGGACACAACACGUCAAGACUUUCUCGAUAACUUUGAGACACUUAAGCAGAAUCUAAGUUUUCCCACACAAACUGAUAUGGCCGGAUCAACAAGGGCAUUGGUACGCCUGCAGGAGACAUAUAGAUUGGAUGUAGAACAAGUGGCCAGUGGUAUAUUAAAUGGAAAUAAAUAUGGCUCUUCCAUGACAUGGCAAGAUUGUUAUGCGGUUGGUGAAUAUCUAUAUGCUAUGCGAGAUUAUAAUCACACCAUACCAUGGUUUAAACAGACCACAAAAAUAUUACAAGCCGAUACGAUACUAACCGAAAAUGAUGGUCUGCUGGAUUUUAUGGAAAAUUUAGUGGAAUAUUAUCGUACAAUGGGUGAAUAUGAAUCAGCCUUGGAUCUAUUGGAUUAUAUAUUGGAACGAAAUCCUCAACGUGAACAUGCUCUGGAAAAGAAAUUGCAAUUGGAAAAUGAAAUGAAAACUGUUGCUAGUGAUAAUAAUCUUUCCAAUGAACCUGUUGUAGAAAAUUUGUAUUAUAAAACCAAAGAAUUUAAAUCAUUCGAAGCAGUGUGUCGUGGUGAAUUUGACAACAUCUACAACCCAGAGAGAAAAAAUCUCUUUUGUAAAUAUUUUACCAACAAUCAUCCAUAUCGCCUGCUACAACCAUACAAGGUAGAACAACUGUCGCUCGAUCCAUAUGUCAUACAAGUUUACGACGUACUCAGCGAUCAACAAAUUAAAACUAUUAAAAAUAUUGCAAAACCUCAUAUGGAUAGAUCAAAAGUAUUUAAUUUAAAUACGGAUGAACAUGAAGUCUCUGAGACGAGAACAAGUCACACAGCAUGGCUUAAAUAUUAUAAACAUAAAGUAUUGGAAAAUAUGUUGCAACAUGUCAGCGACAUAUCGGGUUUGGAUUACAGCAAUGCUGAAGAUAUGCAAAUUGUCAAUUACGGUUUGGGUGGUCACUACGGGCCACAUUUUGAUUUUUUCACGGAAUCUUCUUGGUUUACUCCAGAGGAUGGCAAUCGCAUUUCAACGGCCAUGUUUUAUCUUUCUGAUGUCGAGGAAGGUGGUGGCACAGGUUUCACUUUCCUCAAACUUUUGGUAAAGCCUCGCAAAGGCUCAUUGCUGUUCUGGUAUAAUUUACAUGCCUCAGGUCAUGAGGAUUAUCGCUCGAAUCAUGGUGCAUGCCCGGUGUUGAAAGGUUCCAAAUGGAUUGCCAACAUUUGGGUCAGAGAACGUGAUCAGUUCCUAACGAAACCUUGUGAUCUCACAACAAAUCAUGAAGUAUCAUUAAUUUAUAAAGAUUUUGAAGAAUAA